AUGAACGAAUUUUUGGAAUCUAUCAAACCAGAAUUUUUAGUUGAACAGCGCACAAAAGUGCAUAACCAACUAAUUACCACUCCCACUUCUGCUACUCUCAUUGUUACCGCUAUUACAACUAAUUUUACAACUGCUUCUGAAGAAAAAAGAAGACAAAAACGAAAUUACCAUUCAUAUUGUACGCAACAAGUUGCAUCACUGAAGAUAUUAGAAUCAGUACUAUUUCCUCUAAUUAUUAUCUUCUACAGUUCGGUAACAUCACUGUCAGCAGCUACUACAGAUCUUCCACCAGUUGGCGCAAGCCGAUUUACUGAACAAGAAAUUCAACUUUUAAGAGAAGUAUUCUUAAGAAAAUUUGGAAUGAAAGAACAACCAAAACAAGUCAAGCCAGCAGUAUCAGUCCCAUACUAUAUGUGGAGUAUUUAUGAAAAGGUGAAGAUGGAAGAUAUUGCUUGGGUUCGACAUUACUAUCCAUAUAAUGUUAUGGAAUCAGAUAAUAGCACCCUGUUACUUCAGUACGAUUUGUCGGUUACUGUACGAAAUAUCACUAGUGAGAUAAUCAAUCGAGCAGAGCUAAAAUUGAAAUUGAGAAAUGAGAAAAGUCGAAGACAUAUCAAGAUUUAUGAAGUUGAUCAAAGAAAUCCCGAAAUAUGGAGAUUAAUCGACGCGAAGUUUAUUGAAGGUGAUUUACGAGAAGAAUACCAAUGGGUGGAAAUGGAUGUCACGGAAGCGAUACGUAGGAGACGACCGAAUAUGAAUAGGGUUGAUUUUGCAAUGAAAUUAUUGAGUAAAUAUGCAAGCACGUCAUAUGAAACAGCAACUUAUUCCGACUCGCCGUGCGACAGGAAGCAGUCCUCUGCACUGGUUGUUUACGUUCAAACUGAUGAUACUGCUAGGGUGCGAAAGAAACGGAAAGCAAACAAGCGACGACGACAUCAACAUAAAAAGCAUGAGCAUCGAUCGGCUGAUAAAAAUUAUUGUCGACGUACACAACUUUUAGUUGAUUUUAAUGAAUUGAACUGGCAAGAUUGGAUCUUGGCUCCCUCAAGCUACAGCGCUUAUCAGUGUCAAGGUGAAUGUCCGAACCCACUGACAAGCCAUUUCAACACGACAAAUCACGCCAUAGUACAAGGCCUUAUCAAUUCAGUGGAUCCAAACUUAGUACCAGCUCCAUGUUGCGUCCCAACUGAAAUGGAGUCUCUAGCAAUCCUCUAUAUUGAUGUUGAGGGUAAAAUUGUCAUCAAGAACUACCCUGACAUGGAAGUACUCAGUUGUGGAUGUCGCUAG